GCUGGUGGGAACCAAGCUGACUCGACAGGAACACAUCGACAGACGUCAACCACAACGACAAUACCUUUGCCGUGCGCAGUUCCUUCCAAAUCCAUGGAUGAGUAUUCUGUAGCAAGCUUUAUUUGCAAGAACGAUCGAGCUUUCAUUACGACCAUGGGCUUUGACGUAGAAACAUUCACCUUAAUACUCAUCUCCGACUUCGCGAAACAAACACCAUUCCUCGUGUCGAACAUCGAUCUCUUGAUGCCGGGUCAGGCUGCGAGAUGUGCAAUGGAUAUGCAACUGUCCGUAGAAUCCUGGGGUAUGGUUCCCACGUCCCAGUUCGGUCGCGACUGUAUGCAUUGCCAGCACCGUCGUAGUGGAAUUCAGUCAUGAGUAUAGAACUUCGAUGAAGUGCAGUAUCAGAGAGAGAGGACCCAAAUCAACGAAUGCUCAUCUUGUACUCCUUGGCCAGGAGUCCGACGGCUGUCGGCUGUCGUCAUUCUGGAAUUGCACGCCAAUCUAUUACAAUGCAAAGGGCCUUGACAUGGUUGCUGUCCGACGAGAUGGUACAAAAACAGAAGUUGUCACGUCGUACGCAAGCUGAUGUUGAAACAUCAGGAGGCACUGCUAUCCCUUGGCAAGUGCUAGUGUCAGGCUCAGAUAUUCGGC